UGUAGAUACCCUUGUUAUUGUCUUCAACUAGAAUCACUAAUUAGGUAGUACUGUACUACAUUCAACAUAGAAAUGUAUCUAAUAAUCCAUUUCCAUGCCAUAGCUACAACACUUCUUUCAACCUCAACUUCACAAUGGGGUUACCCCUUUUUGUUCUUCAACUCAUCACUUUUUCAGUUCUUGCUAUAGCACAAGAAGAACCUAAAGGGACCCCCAAAGAUAAUAGUGAAGUCCAAAAUAAACACUCAAAUUCCAAUCUUUUAUUAUUGAUUCUCAACGUGGUUCUUCUUUUCGCGAUUAUAUUGCUAUUGAUUCUUUACUACAACACUUCGAAGAAACUCAAUAGAAUAAUGAAAGGACACAUUAGCAACAUGUCUUAUGAACAAGAGAAAGAUGUUGAGACAAGUAUUGAGAAGAGGGUUGAGAUAGGAGAAGGAACAACAAUGAUGACAGUGGAAGAGAGAAAGGAGUUGAUGUUUUUUAGUGAUGAGACAAAGUUUCAAAUGGGGGAACUUCUUAGAGCUUCUGCUGAGGCAUUAGGACAUGGGAUUAUGGGGAAUAGUUAUAAGGCUAUGUUGAGUAAUGGACCUAACAUUGUUGUUAAGAGGUUAAGGGACUUGAAACCUUUCACUAAGGAGGAGUUUGCUAAGAUGGUGAAAAUGAUUUCUGAUCUUAGGCAUCCUAAUUUGUUGCCUUUGCUUGCUUACUACCAUUCAAGAGAUGAGAAGCUUAUGCUCUAUAGAUAUGCACAGAAUGGAAAUCUUUUCUCCAAACUUCAUGAUGGAAGAGACGGAAACAGGGUUCCUUUCAAUUGGAACUCAAGAUUAUCAGUGGCAAGAGAAGUGGCUAGAGCACUAGAGUACCUUCACCUCAACAACAAGAUCCAUAACAUAGUCCCUCAUGGAAAUUUGAAGUCAUCAAAUGUACUAUUUGAUGAAAACAAUUCAAUUCUUGUAUCUGACUUUAGCCUUUCCUCCUUGAUAGCACAACCAAUUGCAGCUCAACAUAUGGUUGUUUACAAAUCACCUGAAUAUGGUUAUGCAAGAAAAGUUACAAUACAAUCAGAUGUUUGGAGCUAUGGAUCACUCUUAAUAGAAAUCCUAACUGGGAAAGUUUCUCUCUGCUCAGCUCCACAAGGGACUAAUGGUGUGGAUCUUUGUAGUUGGGUUCAUAGAGCUGUGAGAGAAGAAUGGACUGCUGAGAUAUUCGACAAGGAAAUAUCUUGUCAAAAGAGUGCUCUUCCUGGGAUGUUAAGGUUGUUGCAGAUAGCAAUGAGAUGCAUCGAGAGGUUUCCAGAGAAACGGCCUGAGAUGAAUGAGGUGGUUAGAGAAGUGGAGAAAAUACAACAGAUACACUUGAUGUCUGAAGACGACGAUGAUGUUUCUUGUGAUAGGUCUCUAACCGAUGAUUCCUUUUCAACUAGUAACUCGGGGUUUUUUAUCGGAGAUGAAAGAUAGAUCGAUAGAUAGAUUAU